AUGUAUUCACAUAGUCAAAUCGAAAUGAAACAUCCGAGUCAAUCGGUAAAAUAUUUAUCAUCUGAUUUUUCAAUGAAUCGAAAGCAUCCAGCAUCCACUAAAUUAAUAAGUUCAAUGAAUCGGACAAAAUUAAUUGACAAUACAAAUUGGAGGAACAGUGUCAAUAACAACAGCCUAUUAAAUUUACAAUCUACAAGCAGUAAAACACUACUAUUCGAAGCGCGAAAAAACCCUCAUCACCACAAUGAUGAAACAAUAUUUCACAUUCCAUACACUUGUCAUUCAAUAGCUAAUAUUUCGGAAUUACUUAAAAAUAAUGUUGUAAAUCAUUUUGAGCAUACUAAUGUAAUGUCUUAUAAAGAUUAUUUACGUGUUAAAUUAAAUCAUGUUUCUUCUUCUAUCAAUGAUCAAAUCGAUGAACAAAUUUCACUAGAUGAAACAUCACAAAUCUUAUAUACAAAAGAUCCUAACAAAAAAUAUUAUUCUUUACAAAAUUUAAUAAUACCUUGCAAUAAAUCGAUUAAUAACCUUGAACAUCAUCAAACACAUUCAUUAUUAUUAUCUAAAUAUGCUCGUCAUUCAUCAUUGAUGACUAUUCCAUUACAAACAAAUAUUCAUUGUUUAAAACAAUUCUAUGAAUCCUAUUCAACCUAUGUUAUUGUAUGUGAAUAUCCAGUGAAUCUGUCUAUAAGAUAUAUAGAUUACAAUCAAUUGCCUAAUAUAAAUUUGUUUGAAUACAACAAUUUAUGGCAUCCUAUUGGUUGGGGUUAUUUAAUUGCUGUAGCAAAUAGAAAUAAACAAUUACCGAAUUCAUUUGAAUCAAUCGCUUUAAUUCUAUGUCAACCGAUUACAUUUAAACAAUUAUGGAUUGGUUAUAUAAUGUUACCGUAUAAAUUUAAUAAUAAUUCCAAUAUCACGAACACAUCAUCUCCAAUUAAUAAUAAUUAUGAUCUUGUUCAAUAUCACAUUGAACAAAUUCAUAAAACUUUCUUCAAUGAUCAAUUGAUUACUACUAGUCAUUGUAUUGUUACAGAAAUUAGAAAGCAUACAUACAGUCCAACACAAAUGAAACAACAACGUAAAUUAAAAUUUUAUUCAACAUUGAAAUCAUUAUUGCAAAGAUUAUUUAUUAAAUCAUCAAAUUCUAAAAGUAAUAUUUACUAUAGAAAACAAAUUGUACCACGUCAUAAUACUGUUUGUUUAAAUAAUAAUGAAAAUUUAAAAUAUUGUUUAUGUAAAAUAGAAUCAAUGCAAUCAGACAUAACUGAGGAAAUUCAUCAACAAUCAAUAAGAUUCUUUUCAGAAUUAGAUAAAUUACUUAGUAAUGCAAUAGUAAGCAUAGAUAUUAUUCAGCCAUUAUUAUUUUUACAAAUGACUGAAGUAUGA